AUGAGAUGUAGGAAUUGGAAAGGUAGUGGUAAAGUAUCCUACCAAGAUAUCACCAGCCUAGAGUCCCACUUUGAUAAGGGAGAGCUGUUCACAUUUAUAUCAUCUACUGGUGAUUUCGAUGUGAUUGCUGAUACUGAGUUCCUUAGGGAAGAUGAAAAGAAGGACGAAAGAGUUGGUCGUAUUGUUGAAUUGAUCAAUGCGAAACAAGACUGGACGCAUUUCGAUUGGGAAGUUGAGUCUUUGCCUGCACAUAUGGACCUUUCUGAUUCAGAACAAGAUGAACCGGCUGAUGUUGCAGAAGAACCGUCAGCUGUUGCAGAGGAACCGACUGUAGUUGCAGGGGAACCGGCUGUUACUGCGAAAAGAGGCAAGCGCAAGCUAAUUGAUCCUGGUGCCGAGUCUCGAAAGAAACAACUGCUUUGUCAACGUGCGGCUGAACACAACAGUGGUGUCUCUAGUGAAAUGAAGACCUUCAUUGAAGGUUUGUUCACCGCUUCUUUCAACUCUUUUAAGGAAGUGGUGCAGAAGGACAUACAUGAGCGUUUUGACAACGUUGCCAAUGAGGUGGCUCAACUCAAGGAACAAGUCUCUCAGCUUAAGGGUCUAUCGGAAACAGUGGGAAAAGGCAACACAUCUGAGAUUCUCUCUCCUUCAGCAACAAUUGGAAAAGACCAAGGACCAUCAUCUCAUAGUACGGGUCCUCCCGCAGCAAAGGGAAAAGGCAAGGCAUCUGCAAAUGUGGAUCCUCCUCCGGUUCGUCGUAGCCCUCGGCCAGUAAGAGAGGAUGUUCAAACUGAUGAAAAUGAAAUGAUGGAUUUUUUGAAGAAUUUGACCAAAUCAGCGAGAUGUGUAGAUAAGGGGACCCAAGACUCUUUACAAGAAGCCAUGGGAAACCUUUCUCAAGCAUCUCAUGUUAAAGGUUUUGAUCCUUCACAACAUCUGGAUGGUGAUGAACCAGCUGACUUUGCCACUCCACUGUCUUCGUUUAAGCCUGCGGAUUGGAGACCACCUACUCUGAAAGACGUGGACUCACUUGAGGACCGGAUACAUGAUCCCGAUUACUCACUAGUGUUUGUCCCUGAGGCAUUAUGGGGCAAACUUGUUGACUGGACCAAAACUUUCAAAGAACUAAAAAUUGGACCAUCUAUGCUCACAAAUGAGUUAGUAUCUCGUGUCGUCGGACCUUCAGAGUGGCUCCUGAAUAAGGAAAUUGAUGGUAUGAUGUGGUUAUUCACUGAGAGGACUUCCUUGCGGCGAUGGUUUCCAAAUAAAGUAGCCUUCAUGACAUGCUUGUUCAGUAAUCAAAUUACGAACUCUUACAACGAGUAUAAGAAGGACAAGAAGAAAUUCAAAGUGGGCGGACUGCUACAACAGUACGGCAUUGGCGAACUUCCAGCACACGGACGAACAAGACUAAUGUGGGAUCUUGAUGUUAACCGCAUGUAUGUCCCCCUAAAUGUUGGUAAGCACUGGAUCUCUAUGUGCGUCAACUUUGUUACUCGGUCGAUAGAGGUCUUUGACUGUGAGGGACUGAGACACCCCGGUGCAGUGGAGCCAUUUGCAGUUCUCAUCCCUAGAAUUGUCAAAGCCAUUCAGUCUUCUAAGAGUCGACAGUAUCAAGUCAAGCAGUAUACCGUCUCCUACGUCUCAAUGCCCUUCUUAUUGAACAAAAGUAGCAGUGACUGUGGAGUAUAUGCCUUGAAGCACAUUGAAUGCCAUCUUCUAGGCUUGGACUUUUCCCUGGUGAAUGACAACAACAUUCGUGAAGCGCGGCAGAAGAUUGCUUAUGACCUAUGGGAAGCUGCUAUUGAUCCUGUCCUUAUUGAAAGGAUGGCAAAAUUCACUCCCCCGAAGACAAUUUCAAGUGCUCUAGUGGAACUUGAAUAA